AUGUCUGUCCCUGAGGCAUGGCCCUCGAGCCCAGCGAAACUCACCUUGGAAGCUUGGUCGCAGGGUUGUAUGAUUGGGGCUUUGAUCAUCAUGAUUGGUAUCACCUUAGCUAAUAUGCGGCGUGGCGUAUUGCUACACAAACUUAUCUUGAUCGAGCUGCUUCUGGCGAUGCCAAAUGGCUUCUUUACCUUUUUCGACCCUCCGACCUGGGGAUGGUAUCUUUCCUCGACUGUCAUUUUCCUCAUCAUCUCAUGGAAUCUGCAUAACGUCAUCGCCUGGAUGAAGAACAAGCCCUUCCUUUCAAAGCGAAAUAACGCUAUAUAUAUCGGCACUAUUAUACUAGUCCAACCCUACUGGGUCCUCGAGAUCUAUGCCAACUUCACCUACUUUAAUACUCUUAAUAAUCACCUUUUCGUCUCAAUCCGACCGCUUGAGGCUGUCUGCCGUGACCCUUGGUGGAUUUUUACAGCCAUUAACCUUUUUUGGAAUAUCAAAUACCGUUAUGAGUUUAAGCCUCUAGAAAUUAUCCGCAUAUCCCCCCGUUUCGGUCUUUUGCUAUUGAGCAUGUCUCUCAGUAUCAUCUUUAUCACUGUCGAUCUUCUCUCCGUCACCCCCGUUAUCCCGAUCGGUUAUAUCAAUCCCUUCUGGAAGUUUGCAUUUAUCUUCAAAUGCUUCACCGAUACGAUCGUUCUGGACGACUUCAAAACCGCACUAGAUAAGCUGAGUCGAUACAAAAUGAAUCAGAACUAUCCGCUUCCUUUUAGCAGACCCAGCAGUCAGAUACAGAACCAGAUGCCUAGGCCAAGCGUGGAAAAUUUCCAUGAUAUCUGCCGUCUUGAAAGCUUGAGCGUGACAGUUGAGCAUUUGGAAAAGGCGGACAAUUCUAUAAUUCGUGCUCCGGCACGAGUAGUAAGGACCUCCGAUGCUGGGCUUUUAGGCAGAACGUACUGA